GGGAACAUAAAAAUCUCAAAUGUAUUUGCAACUAAAAAUGUAUACCAUAAAUUACUUGAAUAAAUAUAUAUUAUCUUUUGUCUAUGGUUCAUUUUUUUUUUGUCUCAUUAAUAAUCAUUCAGUCUAAAAAAGAAAAUUGCUUAAUCUCACAAAAAAUUACGCGUUCCAUUAUUUUUUUACACUUUUAUCUUUUAAUUAUUUCUUUCUUAAUAGCUGUGAUGAACAGUAAUAAAUCAUUAUUUGACGAGACUGAAGAUCUCUCGUGUAUAUUAAUAUGACCUUAAUCAAAUCACCACAAGCAAUCAAGGAGUUGUCAUAAUCUAAGCGAUUAACCGAGGGCAGUUUAGUCACCGAGUUCCCAAAAUGUGACGUGUCAGGUGAAGAGAGCGAGUAUAAGGCCUCCGUACACGAGCGAGUGGACAACAAAACUAUUUCCGACCGUAACUCCAAAGAAACUGGCUCUCCUUUGUAUAUCCGAGUCCCAUUUUUCCGAUCCCCGACACUCUAUCCGCCGCCGGAACCUCCACUUCCACUGCCUCGCCGCAGUUCUCACGCACUAACUGUGAUCCACUACGUGUUCGUGCACAAGCACAGCUGCUUACUUCAUAGCUUAAAGCUUUCGAGAAGUUGAGAAUUCCCAUAUUUGUAUUGGAUGGACAAGUGGAGAGUGUGAAGUGAAGUAGGUGUUAUCAGAUACGAGUUUUGAUCGGUCAGAGAAGAGCUCAGACGGUGAUAUAAUGAGAACUCUGUGCGACGUCUGCGAGAGCGCGGCGGCGAUUUUGUUCUGCGCCGCCGAUGAGGCGUCGCUCUGCCGCGCUUGUGAUGAUAAGGUUCACAUGUGUAACAAGCUUGCUAGUAGGCACGUACGAGUUGGACUAGCCGAGCCCAGUGAAGUCCCGCGUUGUGACAUAUGUGAGAACGCACCUGCUUUCUUUUAUUGUGAGGUCGAUGGAACUUCCCUUUGUCUGCAAUGCGAUAUGAUUGUCCACGUUGGUGGCAAAAGAACCCACGGAAGAUAUCUUUUGCUGAGGCAGAGAGUUGAGUUUCCAGGGGACAAACCUGGAAGUGGGAGCUCGGGUGAGCCAGGAUCACAGAGACUGAGUCCCGGUGAAGCGAAGAGAGAGCCUUCUCACACCACGUCACCUCUUAGAGGAAACAAGGGUGUUCAAAAUCAUCGUGUUUCUGCUGAUCUAACUCCGGAUAACAACACUGAGAAUGAUGGGAACAUGGAGAAUAUGUUUAUUGAUCUCAAUUCGAGGCCUCAAAGAAUGCCUGGUCAAGCUCCAACGUAUCAGGGACGUGGGGACGGAUUGGGCGACAACAGUCAUCAAUCCGAAGGUGUCGUUCCAAAUGGAUACUUCAAAAGGGAGCCUGAGAAGUAAUAAAGUUCGGUGCAUCCUGCUUGCAGGCAGUAUUAGCAAUGGAAGAGACAGCGCAUGUAACAUUCGCCCGGAAACAGUCACUAUCGAGGAUUAUUGUCCACUUUCUUCACUCGUUGCUCCUAGAAUCUACCAAACAAAUUAAGUAGUUCUUGAAGAAAGCUUGUAGAGGAUGAUACGACGUUAGCUCCUAGACGACCUCAAGAAAAUCGAAGUCACCAAUAAACCUGCACAGUAGGUUCCUUUCCUUUUCCCUUUUAAUUUUCCUGUUACUUUUAUCCUUUUUUUGGAUUCAUAGUGAAAAACAACUGGAUAUGGUAUGCAUCAAGAGAUUAAAGUAGAGGUCCUGUAUCCAGAAUUCGUCUGCUAUACGUUGUGCAAUCGUGUGUUGUAUCCGAAGCUCGAUGGCUUUUUCGUGCAGCUUGAAAUGAAAUUGCUUCAACUCUUCUGUUUCUA